CCGCUGUCGAAUCCUGUGGCUGAGCUCUUCUCCAAACCGCCACAUUUCAACUGUAAAAUCAGCUCCUCUAGACCGCACCCUCGCUAGAGUUUCGUCCUCGUUCAUGGCCGUCACAAGCCCCUCCAUCUCACCUCACGUGAUUGGUUCCACCAUCACCGAGCUUUCAAGAACCUUCCGAAGCGGAGCUCCAUUUAUGGUUCGAAUCUCCGCCAAGAGCAACGGCGUCUCCACCUGUAAUGACCGCAACGACCUCGCUCUCGCCGAGGGUCCUUCUUGCAUAUUCGUCGGACCCAUUGAAACCGCCAGUAAAGAAACCCUAGAAGCUCUCUAUUGUCAGGCACGGGAUGCGUAUUACAGUGGUGAGCCUUUGAUAGUUGAUGACAUGUUUGAUAGAGUAGAGUUGAAGCUACGGUGGUAUGGUUCAAAAUCUGUUCUCAAGUAUCCUCGUUGCAGCCUUAGGCAACAUUAUACAUAUGCGGAUGCUGAGGAAGAUCCUUCACAGGUUUUCGCAUUGGCAAGCAUUUGGAUCCUGUUUCUUGCUUUUGGUGGUUCAGCCUGCCUUGUGCCUAUAAUCUACACUGUUGGCCAGGCUUAUCAAGAUGCAUUCAAUUCAGGACUUUCCUACAGCAGCCAAGCAUCUGCACUACAGCUCCUUGCCACGGCAAAUGGCAUUCUCUUCAUGGUAUUGGGAUCCGUGAUUGGUUAUCCAGUUGCUUCAGCUUCUGUUGGAGUUCUUCAAGGCUUGUGGAGGAAUGACUUGGUGGCGCUAAAAGGGGCAUGCCCAAAUUGUGGGGAGGAGCAUUUCCUUGCAGGUAUUUGCAUUUGUGAAAUCAGGUCAACCUAAUAGCUCCCCUCAUAGUGCAGACUGUCAUGUAUGUGAAAGCUCUUUAGAAUUCAGCACCAAGGUUGAGGUAAUCCCUUUUUUCGACACCAGGAUUUGCAUGCUUCACAAACCAAAUGUUAUUUGCUCAUAUCAUUUUAAUGAAAAGCUGAGAAGGAAGAUAGUGCCUUCUAUAUGAGCAUUCAAAGAUUUUGAGGGAAUUACAGUCCUCUAGGAAAAUAGUGCCUUUUAUAUGAGCAUUAGUCUUUACAUGAAAGUUUGAAUGAAACACAUUAUUAUAUUCUGGGUUUCUUAAGAUGCAAGUAUUAUUGGAGUUAAAUUGUCCUCUUUUUUUCCAGUUUAUGCAUUUGGUCUCAUCUUUUCUAUUUUCUUUCUUUAUAUAUAUAUAUAUAUAUACACAUGUUUCCAUGGGAUAUGGUGUGUGGGUCGUGGGUUGGAAGGUGCCAGGGCACACCAAGGAUAGGUGAUUGAGGUUCGAGCUCCGUUUAAUGAUGGAAAUCCUAGAAAUGAAAAAUGCUUGGGCAGAAAGCAUACAUUUUGUUAAUAACUGCAUCACAGAAAUCCCAGAUGGAACUUCUUGUCAUGAUGACAUCCUCUGGUUUCUUACCAUCCAAAUAAUCUACACAAGAUAUAACCCUAAGAUCUGGAAGAUUAAGAUCUAGCCAGAAAUAGAGCUAGGUAUGUUAAUCCUAUUCGCGAAUCUAGCCUAAUAUCUUCUUGCAUGCCUGUGGGUAGGCUGGAUGGUUUUGUGAAAUAUGUAAACAAUUUCAAUGGUGUUGAUGUUGUGGCCUGCAAUAUUUUCUUGCGGGCCUUGGGGUAUGCCUAAGUUUCAUUCAUUGCUGGGUGGUUUUUUUUAAUUUUUUAAACAAUUUCAAUGGUGAUCGAGUUGUGGUUUUUCAGGGGUGGGGAUCAACUUAUUGUUGAGUUCUACAAAAGUUAGCUCAAGCAAUAAAAAAGUAAAUGCUUUCCAAGGGUCAACAUCCAUUCAUGAAAAUCAUCUUCCAAAAAUAUGCAUUCUUCUUUCUGCACAUAUUCUGGUCAUGUUUCUUGUAUCUCUUUGCUUUUGCGAGUGUGUUGAUUUUGAAAUGGAUAAAGCUUACUUCACAUGAGUGAUAUCAUUGUGCAGCAAUCAACACUAGGCAGACGUUGGGUUUAUGGCCGUAUUUACCUUGUUCCAAGAAGCGGGCGGGGCCAACGCCGGAGACGGAUGUAAGAUAUACAUGUGAAGCUCCAUGUAGAUUAGCAUGAUUCUUUCCUAUUUCUUCCUUUUUGUCAAAUUUAAAUAUAACGUUACUUGUAACAAGUCUACAGACAGCGGCUAUUCUUGUAUUGUUAAUCGUGGAAACCAACCGACUUGAGAAGGCAUGUCUUCUUGUGUUUUUAAGGUGGUCUGAAAAUUAACCAAGGACCGCCUGCGGUUAGACCUUAUUAUGUUAGAACAUUUUCUUUAUUUUCAAAUAUUACAUGGAUCAUUUUUGUCA